AUGCCAGUCAACGACCUCGAGAAAGGGAAUCAGCCCACCGACGAAUGUCGGGAGGGUAUCGUCAAAUGGAGCUUGCUGCGACUCUUCGGUAUAAGAGGUUUGUCCAAACGGCAGCAACAUGAUCAAAAGGUCUUGGAGGAGGAUGAGACAGAUGUCCGCGCUCUCGAAUGUGCUGUCAGAGGAUGGCCGAGAAUCGCGACGUUCGUCGAUAGCGACCCAAACUUCAUGAUCUACCGGCGUUUCGGAUUCUUGAGAACCAGGCUGCUGUUAUGGCAUCAAGAUAUCCUCCGCGAAAUGGAGUCAAGGCUUGACUAUCAGGACAUGCAGGACGCCAGCUCGGUAGGCACACGGCGUUACCUGUCAAACCGGGAUGGCGACGACAUGCGAACCCCAGCCGUCCGGAAAGCCUUGUUUCAAGAGCUGGAUGUGCAAUUGAAAGCUUAUGAUGAUCUUUUGUCUCGCUCCGCAGCCCUGUAUCAGUGGCAGAGGCCUGACAAAGAGAACCGCGUGAGUAUCGCCAAUUUGAUCCACAAUGACGGAAGCCUCGCUCGAAGAGACCGGAGCUGGAUCAGAAAGAUCGAUGAUUUGAUCGUCCUUGGUGGAGAACCAGAUUCUUCCUGGGUCCACGGUCUGGUCAGCCACGUCUUCACAUGGAUCAGUAGGUCCGUGGUCAAAUGCUUGCUGCGCAACAGAAUCCAAGACCGGAAGCUCGAAGGCUCGACAAUACAUGUCCAGUUAUAUGAAAGAAAGCGGUUCAACCGGGUCGUCGGAUUUCUGUACACGAUCGCCAUUGUGGCGUUGAUCAUGGGCCCGGUGUUGGUCCUCUACAGGUUGCGACACCUGGACGGGUACGCACAGAACUUGUUGGCAUUCGCGUUCACGAUCGCCUUCGCCUUGCUUUGUUCGACGGCAACGACUGCAAAACAGCACGAGAUAUUCGGGGUUACUGCGGCAUACUGCGCGGUGCUUGUAGUCUUCACCAACCAAAACACAGGGGGAAGCGUGCAAGCACCGACAACAAAUCCGCACACGUCUUCGUGA